GUCAUAAAUAAGUGGAUUUCUUUUGCCUUGGAGAAUAGCAUUAAAAAGUUAUUUCUCAGUUUACAAAUGAUUUAUCGUGAUCGUUACUAUUUGUAUGGUGUUGCAUUUUGCGCAGUUGAAUUAAUACUAUCGGAUUGUGAGAUACCAAAUUGUUCCUUUAAGCUUCCUGCUCUUAAGUUACUCUUUCUAUUUGUUGUUCGCAUUGACGAUGAUGAUUAUAAGGAUCUCAUUGCUGGAUGCUUGCCCACUAAUUUGGAGAAUGAGAGAUUAGAAAAGGAAGAGGGAGAUGAAGAUGAGAAAAAAUUAUUGGACGGAGGAAUAAUAAUCUUCUUUGUAUUCUUAUCUUUCGAUAUCUUGUAAACUUGUUUGAUAAAAUGCUGUUUAAUGUGUUAUAUAAUUGUUUUGGCGGUUGGAGUUAGUUAUUAUUAGUUUGCUAUUUAGUCCUUUUCUAUUUUCUGUUUUGCAUUUUACUCCUUUGAUACUCACUAUAUAUAAUAUUCUCUGUAUGAAUUUUCAUCUCUGUAAUUCUUUCCCCCGGUACGAAUCUGCAUCAGUUGGAAACCAACUACACUUGUCAUCUAAAAGUUGUGAAGCAGCUGUAUCAAAAUGACGAAGAAAGAAAGUUCCAAGGGACGUCGAGGCCCCGACAGGAUUUCCAGUUUGCCUACUGAUAUCAUGCGUGAAAUUCUGUCCUGUCUUCCACUGAUAGAUGCCGCAGGAACUUGCAUUUUAUCCAAAGAAUGGCAAAGAAUUUGGUAUGCUCAUCCUGUAAUUCAGUUGGAUGAAGUGGAUUUUGGGGCAGACUAUUGCAAUUACUCUGAUAAACACAGAGCCAAAAGGUUCGCCUUCUUAACUUACUUGGAGAAUUUCUUAGAAUGCCGCAAGAGGCCCUCUGAAUUCAACAGUGUUGAUGUGGAUAAGUUUCUUCUUCGAAUGACAGUCGAACCCGAUUCUCCUGCUAAAGAGCUGAUCAAUAACUGGAUUUGUUAUGCCUUGGAAAAAAACGUUAAAUCGUUGUUUCUUGGUUUAUAUACGUUUAAACAUCAUCAUUACUCGCUGCAUGGUAUUGCAUUUCACACUAAUUGGUUAGUCAAAUUAUCUCUAUCGGGUUGUGAGAUAAAAUGUUGUUCAUUCGAGCUUCCUUCUUUAAAGUCUCUGUUUCUAUACUCUGUUUGCAUUGAGGAUUAUGAUUUCAAGAAUCUGAUGGCUGGUUGCCCUAAUAUUGAAUGGUUAUGUAUUCUGGUGAAUAAUAAAAAAUUGCAGACUAUUGUAGUUUCAAAUCCCAAUCUGCAAUUUUUCCAAGUAUGUCUUCUUAGUUCGAAUGGUAAAAUACGUAUAGAGUCCCCAAAUCUUCAUUCACUUGAAUUUGUAGCUCUUAACUUGGACUUAUGUAAAGUAGAGAUUACUGCAACGACAACUGUAAGAGAGUUGACACUGCGAAAAACAUAUCACAAAGGGACAGUGAUACAUAUCAUAAAUGAAUUCCCUCUACUUGAAAAGCUAGUAGUAUAUGGUCCAACUGAGUUGCAAAACCUUCCUAUUGAUCAACCGAAUUUGGAUACGUUGGUGCUGAAAGAUUGCAAAGUAAAAGACGAGGUACGAAUAAAUGCACCCAAGUUAAGAUUGUUUGAGUUUAUGGGUGGCCUACAAGAUUUGAGGGCAUAGAGGAUUUGAAAGAAUUGGAGUUUGUUCUGUUAAAUUUAGUUGCUGUAAGUAUUGAUGAGGCCUGGUACGGUUGGUUUGGAGAUCUCUUGAAGUCGUGUGCUCGUUCCCAGCAUUUGAGUCUGAUCUGCAAUAGUGAAAAGGUUAUCAUCAUUCCCAAACAUCUAAGACAUUUAGUGUCAGUAACUGAUAUCAAGCAUCUGGAAUUAGAAAUUAAAACACUUGAUGCUACUUUUAAAGAGGUUACAGAUGAGCUCAUUAGUAUUCUUCCAGAUUUGAAGACUUUGUCAUUGACUUUGGGUUCCACCACAAAGUUCUUCCAGUUUCGUAUAGACGAGGAUGGUAAGCUCUCAGCAGCAGAAGAAGUAGUGCACAAUCCAAAACCUGAUAAGAGAGUAUCCAUUUCUAAGUAGAUGUUUUAAACACCAUACUGGAGAAUGAUUUGAAAGAAUGCUUUUGUUCUGCUUCUUUUGACAAUAACUGAUGAAGUUACUGUUUGUUUCUGUACAUUUCGGAGAAGAAAUAUUUUGCUCAUUCAAGGUUGAUUUGCUAUGUUUCAUUACUCUAUUUCGUAUUUUUAGUCCAAGUCUCAUUUUCAUUCCUUUUUAGUGAAUGUUGCAUUUAUGCUAAGUACAAGUGUUGUGAAAUCCAUCAGUUAGACAUGAUUACUGAUUACGUGUGAAAGUUGCACAAUAUAUAUAUUCUAGUUUCAAAUUAUCAACUGAAAUUUUUCGGUUGACAUUUCUGAAAAAAGACAUUGAUACAUUUUAUAAACAAAUUCCCUCUACUUGAGAACUCGUCAUAGAUGAUUGCAAUAUCUUUAAGUGACAUUAACCAAGUUAUUUUGAACUCCAACAUAUACAAUAUCGAUUUAACACAUGCUUUAACAAUAUACAAUU